AUGUCUUGCGGAGAAAUCGCUUGCACCUAUGCUUGCUUGAUCCUUCACGAUGAUGGCAUCCCUAUCACUGCGGAGAAAAUUGCGACACUAGUUAAGGCCGCUAAUGUGAAAGUCGAAUCAUACUGGCCAAGCCUUUUUGCUAAGCUUUGUGAGAAGAGGAACGUCGAGGACCUUGUCACGAAUGUUGGAGCUGGGGGUGGUGGUGCUGCAGUAGCAGUUGCUGCCCCUGCUGGUGGCGCUGGUGCUGCUGCCGAAGCUGCCCCGGCUGCUGAGGAGAAGAAGGAGGAGCCCAAGGAGGAGAGCGACGACGAUAUGGGCUUCGAGUCUUUAGGACAGAAAGUGGCUCUUUCUUGGGCUCCAUCUUCUAAUAUGGAAGUGCAAAGGCAAGGGGUUUCUAAGAAAUUUGAUGAGGUUAAGAAGGGCAAAGAAAUAAGUGACUCAUCACAGCCACCGUCUCAAGCCAAGAAAACGGAAGUUCGCCUGCCGGCGAGGAGGCCAAGGUUCGCGCCGGAGUUUGAUGGUGUGCACUGUUUUGAGACCAUUAUUCCUUAUUGA